AGGGAAGAAGAAACUUCUCUUGGGAAUUUCGUCGAACAGUCUCAUCUCAUUCCCCGGCUGCAUCCGAUGGACGACGGCGAACCUUCUACCGGAAGCAGCUGCAACAGCGGCGGAGGGAACUGGACGAACGAGAAGCACGUGAAUUUCCUGAACUCGAUGGAGGCCACCUUCGUUCGUACAAUGCUAAUUGAAAACCACAGCUCGUCCUUCCACCGCCGCCACCACCACCACCUCCGCCUCGAUCGGUGCCUGCCGGACAGCUUGGAGUCAACUCUCGACUCCGCCAAAUCACGGCGGCAGAAGAAGUCCCCGAUCGGCUCCGCCGCCACCUCAUCAGAUUCAGUCGGGUCGAGAAGCAAAUUGAGGUGGAGGAAUGGACACAAGAAAUCAAGAAGAUCGACGAUGUCGUCAUCUCAUACUCGUAAUCACAAUACCCAAACCAGCAAUUCAUCAUCACACGAUCAGGUUGUGCCGCAGCUUGAUAAGAAGAGUGGCGAUAAAGACGAAAGAGAUUCCUCCAAAGGGUAGUGCAUGAUAGCUAGCUAUAGCAGAAACAAUGUCUACAGCCUGAGGAAGAACAAGAUAUACAAGCCCGGCUAUCUACUAGAUCUUUUUUUCUUUUCUUUUUCUUCGGUUGGAAAAUUGGGGGUUAGGUUCAUAACUAAGGUGUAGAAUCAAAUUUGUUACGUGAGUGUGACAUAUGUAAUAUCUUAAGGUAGAGAUGGAGUCAAUUUUAAGUAUUAGUGACGACUUAUGAUUAUAAAAUAUUGCAUUUAAC